AUGCAUAACGUCAUAGAGCCUGAGGGGAUUUGGAAGCAAAAGCCACAGCAUGCCGGUUGGGGUCAAGUGCUCACACGGCCUGAGGUGAAGGUUCGAUGCGUAACCGGGCGAGCCGGCGAAAGCCAAACCGCCAUCCACAGAUAUCGCUGCCGAUGUACCCAGAAUCCAGAACAGUGGCCGAGGCGGGAAGGGAUACAGGAGACAGAUACCUACGUCCCAAGAUAUGCGCGGGUUUGGCUGAGGCGGGCGGCCGACGUCAUUGGCUGGGAUGGCUGGCAUGACGCUGGUUUGACGUGCAUCCAACCAGCUGUGAAGGGGAGCUUACUUCCAGCCCAGCCAGGUCCAGCCAGGUCAGUCUGUCGGUCUGAUAUAGCUCUGGGAGCUCUCGAGAGUCUCGAGACCAGACUCGGCAAGGUCGGCAGCGCAGUCUGGCGUUAUCCAGCUAUCCAGCUUUCCAGCUCUCCAGUGAUCUUUCCAGUGCUUGAAUAUCCAAGCUAUCGAGGGGCAAAGGGCGUUUUUAGCUGGCUUGGCCGGAACUUUAAACCAACACCGCGGCAUCCAGCAAGCUGUGGCCAGUAUAGAAGAGAGGAUGGCAUAGAGAUCUAG